AAUCUAAGGUAAUAUAAUUCAUUUACACGAGUGAUUUGUUCGGUGAUUGAAGAAUGGGAGAAAGUGAUCCAAAAAAGCAAUACCCUGUUCCACCAUCUUCUUCAAAUGGAAGUGGGAAGAAUGGGUCUUCAAGCAAGUAUUCAGGGCACAACCAGAAAAUUCACGUGAACCCACCGGAGACGGUGAACCCUGAUCCUUCCACGCUCAAGGAUCAGUGGAAGUAUGCCACCAGAGAAUACAGCAAGUGGUACUCUCACGCUUGGGGCACCGCCUUGCUCGCCGGCCUCGCCUUCUUUGCCCUCGGUUGGGUCAUCAAGGGCCAAAACCCUCUCCUCUCUUUCCGCUCCGACGACUCUCCUCCUCCUCCUCCUCCUCCUUCUUCUUCCUCCUCUGUAUCGAAUAAUGACGAAGACAAAUCUCGCCCUUGAAUCACGCGCUGCUUCUGUUUUCUCCUAAUUCGGGUUUACACCUAUGAAUAACUUGGAGGUGCUGUUCGCUGCGAUAGGGCAAUGCUGUUUCAUGUUUAUAAUCGACUCUGCUCAGUGCUUAGUGCUGAUGUUUUUAUUUUAAUUUUUUAGCUGUUCGUUUUGAUAUGGAUAAGGAAUUUGUAUAACCUUGUUUCAUGUUUUAUAAGAGGUGGAGGUUAAGAACAAUGAUUAUGGAGUUUAGAACAAUGUUAAUUCUGUUUGAUGUUCAAA